ACACAAAGGACGUGGUCCUUAAAAACAUCACUCUACCUUUUUUUCCUCUAAAAAAUUCCCACUUAAUCUUCCUAUGUAUAUAUAUAACCUUUCUUCUCUUCUUCUUUUCUUCACAUAAUAAACUUCAGUAAUUCUUUUUCCCUAUGGAAACAACUAAUAACCAGCUGAAAUCCAUGGAGAAAAAUGAUGACAUGUUGUCAAUAAUUGAGGAUGCUAAGAAGAAGAAUAAGAAAGGUUCACCAAAUUCUUCUUCUUCUUCACUAACAAGGAGUUGUCAAGCUGAGAAGUGCAGUGUUGAUUUAAGUGAUGCUAAGCAGUACCAUAAGAGGCAUAAAGUUUGUGAAAACCAUGCUAAGUCUCAAGUAGUCGUCGUUGCCGGACUCCGGCAACGCUUCUGCCAACAAUGCAGCCGUUUUCAUGAGCUGACGGAAUUUGAUGAAUCAAAAAGGAGUUGUCGAAGGCGUUUGGCUGGACACAACGAAAGGCGACGAAAGAGUAUAUCAUCAUCAUCAUCAUCAUCUGCAGAUCAAUCUCACAAUAAUAAUAAUAAUAAUAAUAAUAAUAAUAAUAAUAAUACAGCAGAAGGUUCAAACAGAAAAGGGACAGUGACAAUGUGUGGUCAAGUUGAUGAAAGAGGAAGAAUUCACAUAUCUAUCCAAGAUAAUAAUAAUAAUUCCACUUACAAAAACUUCCACCGUUGAAAAUAUAUAAUAAUGCAUAAAUUACUAUAUAUAGUAAUUGCUCUCUCUCUUCUGUCAUAAUUCUGUUUCUAAAAUAAUCAUCAUUAGUCACAUAUCACCACUACGUACGUGUCUUAAUUAAUUUAUAGUAGUUUGCAGAACCUAUAAUAGGACAGAGGACUUAUCGCGAUCGCCAUAUAUAGUCCUCUGUGAAGUUAUAUGUAUAGAGAGAGAAGUGGGGAAUGAUGAGCUAAGGACUUUAAUUUUAUUAUUGGUGUUGUGUCUCUGGAUUUAUUGUAAGAAGUUGAAAGAAAGGUUUGAUUAUGACUCAUGCAUGAUGAUCAUGAGCUAGCUCCUAAUUGUUAAGUUUUGAUCAUUUGUAAGUUUUGUGGGAAUAAUAAUAUAAUGCCCAUUGUCUUUUUUUAA